CAGGACGACCCAAGCAAGCAAGCAAGCAGCGAGUACAUACAUACUAGGCAGCCAGGCAGCCAUGGCGCCCACCGUGAUGAUGGCCUCGUCGGCCACCGCCGUCGCUCCGUUCCAGGGGCUCAAGUCCACCGCCAGCCUCCCCGUCGCCCGCCGCUCCUCCAGAAGCCUCGGCAACGUCAGCAACGGCGGAAGGAUCCGGUGCAUGCAGGUGUGGCCGGCCUACGGCAACAAGAAGUUCGAGACGCUGUCGUACCUGCCGCCGCUGUCGACGGACGACCUGCUGAAGCAGGUGGACUACCUGCUGCGCAACGGCUGGAUACCCUGCCUCGAGUUCAGCAAGGUCGGCUUCGUGUACCGCGAGAACUCCACCUCCCCGUGCUACUACGACGGCCGCUACUGGACCAUGUGGAAGCUGCCCAUGUUCGGCUGCAACGACGCCACCCAGGUGUACAAGGAGCUGCAGGAGGCCAUCAAAUCCUACCCGGACGCCUUCCACCGCGUCAUCGGCUUCGACAACAUCAAGCAGACGCAGUGCGUCAGCUUCAUCGCCUACAAGCCCCCGGGCAGCGACUAGACCGCGCCCGCCGGCCGCCCCCCGCCGGCUAGCUAGCUAGCUAGCUCCUGCGUGAGCUAGUAGCUAGUGCCAUGCGUCGUCUCUGUCGUUCGGUUUUGCUUCGGGUCACCGUGUACCCUUUGCUUGCUUGGUUUCUUCUUUCCUUUUUUCCUUUUUUUUUCUUCUUUUCCCCGGCCAUGGUUCCUUUGCUUUCCAGCAGUUCUCUGCUGGAUGUGAUGUAUCCAUUGUUGCAAUCAUGGCCUUGCAUUGGCU